AUCAUCAUCAUCAAGUUAACCAAACUCAGGCGAGAGAGAUCAGAGAAAGUGAUGAAUGAGUAUUCUCCUCUGAUCAUCACUUCUUCAUCAUCAUCAUCACCCAUUGAUCUGGUCACAUUUUGUUUCUCUUCUCACAAUCGAAUUUUCAAAUCCACGAUUACCGAUUUUGAUUCGAGUUUCUCCGAUUUUGAUUCACCACCCUCCCAGCGGUGAUCGGAGAAUUUAGCCAUGUCAUGGGGGUUAGGAUGGAAGAGAUCAUCGGAGAGUUUCCGAUUGAGUCUCAGCUACGGCGCCGAUGAUCUUAAUGACGAUCCGAUUCAAUCACCGUCCGCGUCUCCGUUCGGAUCUCCAACUUCGUCAUGUUCUUCUCCAUCCGCUGUGGAGGAUCCUGAAUUAGGGUUCCGGAUUGAUUUAGACUGGACCGCUGGCGAUUCGGAGGAUCAGGUAGCGUUGAGAUUGGAAUCGCAGUUAAUGGUGGCUUUGCCUGCGCCGCAUGAUACAGUUGUUGUUGAAUUGAAAGGAUACGGAGACGGCGAUGAAGGUGGUAUAGAGAAUGUUGGAAUAGAGAUGAGAGUUGAGAAACGGAGAGAGCCUUUGCGAGCAGUUACAUUGAUGAAAGCUGCUGGUUCGGGUCAGCAGUACGACGGUGUAGGCAUCUUGACUAGGCUGAUGCGUUCUGAUAUGAUGCCUGCAGCUAUUCCUGCGCCGGCUAUCGACGUUGCGUCAUCUUGUGGGGUGCAUUGGAAGACUGUCACCUCGUUGAGUCUAUCUGGUUGUGGUUUAUUGGUAAUGCCAGUUGAAGUGACUGAGUUACCUCUCCUUGAGAAGCUGUGCCUUGAGCACAAUAAACUGUCAGUUUUGCCACCUGAGAUAGGGAAGCUGAAAAACCUUAAGGUUCUUAGAGUCGACAAUAACAUGCUUAUAUCGGUUCCUGUGGAACUAAGACAGUGUGUGGGUCUUGUUGAAUUAUCGUUGGAACACAAUAAACUGGUCCGGCCUCUUCUUGAUUUCAGGGCGAUGUCUGGGCUACGAAUACUACGGCUUUUUGGUAAUCCCCUUGAAUUCCUUCCAGAAAUUUUACCCUUGCAUCAGCUUCGCCACUUGUCUCUUGUAAAUAUCAGAAUUGUGUCUGAUGAGAAUCUAAGAUCAGUAAAUGUACAGAUUGAGACUGAAAACACUUCCUAUUUUGGAGCCUCUAGGCACAAGCUAAGUGCCUUCUCUCCCCUUAUAUUCCGUUCCUCGUCUUGUCACCAUCCUCUUCUAGCAUCUACAUUGGUGAAGAUAAUGCAAGAUGAAGGAAAUCGUUCUGUCAUUGGUAAAGAUGAAAAUGCGGUGAGGCAGCUUAUAAGUAUGAUAACAAGUGACAAUCGCCAUGUGGUUGAGCAAGCUUGUGUUGCUCUAUCAUCUCUUGCUCGAGAUGUUGGCGUAGCAAUGCAGCUGAUGAAGUGUGAUAUCAUGAAGCCAACUGAAACUGUUCUGAAAUCUUCGACCCCAGACGAAGUUAUAUCCGUUUUACAAGUGGUGGUCACCUUAGCUUUUGUAUCUGAUUCCGUUUCUCAGAAGAUGCUCACCAAGGAUAUGCUGAAAGCCUUAAAAUCCUUGUGUGCCCAUAAGAAUCCUGAAGUUCAAAGACAAGCCUUAUUAGCAGUUGGGAACUUGGCCUUCUGUUUGGAAAAUCGUCGAAUUCUGAUUACUUCAGAGAGUUUGAGGGAGUUAUUGAUGCGGUUAACUGUUACACCUGAACCACGAGUCAACAAAGCUGCGGCUCGAGCUUUGGCAAUUCUUGGAGAAAAUGAAAUUCUGCGACGUUCCAUAAAAGGCAGGCAAGUACCGAAACAGGGACUGCGCAUACUCACCAUGGAUGGAGGUGGAAUGAAAGGUCUUGCAACGGUGCAGAUUCUUAAGGAGAUUGAGAAGGGAAGUGGCAAGCCUAUACAUGAACUAUUCGACCUUAUAUGUGGCACAUCAACAGGAGGAAUGCUAGCUAUUGCCCUUGGUGUCAAGCUUAUGACACUGGAACAAUGUGAAGAAAUUUACAAGAAUCUAGGAAAGCUUGUUUUUGCUGAAUCUGUUCCAAAGGACAAUGAAGCUGCAAGUUGGCGGGAAAAGUUGGAUCAGCUAUAUAAAAGUUCAUCACAAAGUUUCAGAGUUGUUAUCCAUGGAUCUAAGCACAGUGCAAACGAGUUCGAGAGACUGUUAAAGGAAAUGUGUGCUGAUGAGGAUGGAGAUCUACUAAUAGAGUCAGCUGUGAAGAAUGUUCCAAAAGUCUUUGUCGUAUCUACUCUUGUUAGUGUGAUGCCUGCGCAGCCAUUUAUAUUUCGAAACUACCAGUAUUCUGUUGGAACACCGGAAAUGUCAUAUGCAUUUUCAGAUCACUCAGGCGGCAGUACAUUAACUUCAUCAACUGCCAGUGUUCAAGCUGGUUACUACAGGCAAAGUGCUUUUAUGGGAAGUUGUAAGCAUCAGGUUUGGCAAGCGAUACGAGCAUCAUCAGCUGCCCCAUAUUAUCUUGAUGAUUUUUCAGUCGGUAAAAGUCAACUAUCUCCCUUCAUAAUCCUUAUCCUCGAUACUUUAUAUCCAAACUUUUCCAUUUCCAUCACACCACACUCAAUCUUNUUCAACCCAGUUGAUGAUCGCUGUGGAAUGGAGUUGGAUGAGACUGAUCCAGCGAUCUGGCUAAAAUUGGAAGCUGCGAUUGAAGAAUACAUACAAAGCAAUUCCCAAGUACUUAAAAACGUCUGCGAGAGAUUAACACUCCCCUUCCUAAACGACGAGAAGUGGUGUGAGAAUUUGAAACCACGGUUUAUGAAUGGAAAGCUACCAAAUAGCAGAGUAGAGAGCAGUCCUUCUCUAGGAUGGAGACGCAAUGCUUUGCUUGUGGAGGCUCAGCAUAGUCCUGACUCAGGGAGAGUAAAGUAUCAUGCUCGUGCGCUGGAGUCAUUUUGUUCGAAUAAUGGAAUAAAGUUAUCUUCACUACAUGCUACUGCUACUCCUGGAUGCCAGAAACCAUCUCCAGGGACUGCUUUUCCCACACCAUUUUCCUCUCCUCUUAUAACUGGAAGCUUGCCUCCGAGUCCCCUUCUAUUCACUCCUGAUCAUGGCCCACAAAAGUUCAAUAGGUUGAUUGAUAUGGUUCCACCACUUAGCUUGGACGGGGGUCAUGCGGGAAAGACGGUUAUGUCGCCUCCAUCAUCUCCUCCAAGACAAAGACAACUCUAUCUUCCAUUACGACAGAUGCAUGAAAAGUUACAGAAUUUACCCCAAGUGGGGAUCAUACAUCUCUCACUUCAAAAUGAUUCUAAUGGUUCGAUACUGAGUUGGCAAAAUGAUGUAUUUGUGGUUGCUGAACCUGGAGAUCUCGCUGAUAAGUUUCUCCAAAGCGUCAAAGUUAGUAUAUUGUCAGUCAUGCAAAGUAAUCGCCGUAAGGCUGCAACGGUUCUUUCCAACAUUUGUUCAAUCUCGGAUUUGGUGCGUAUCAAGAAAUGCUUCCAGGUUGGAAAUAUCAUCCAUCGUUAUAUCGGACGUCAAACCCAAGUGAUGGAAGAUGAUCAAGAAAUCGCAUCAUUUAUGUUCCGCAGAACUGUCCCUUCCGCACACUUGACUCCUGAUGAUAUUCGCUGGAUGGUAGGAGCAUGGAGAGAUAGGAUAAUAGUCUUCUCAGGAACAUUUGGACCAACACAAGCUGUAGUUAAAGCCUUUUUGGACUCUGGUGCCAAAGCUGUGAUUGGUCCAUCGAACGAGCCGCAAGAGACGCCACUAAUAACAUCCCAAGGCUCAUCUGAGUACAACAUUGGAGACCAAAACGGAAAAUUUGAGAUUGGAGAAGAAGAAGACGAAGAAGAAGAAGAAAACACAGUAACAGAAAGGGAAGAGAUCGGACCACCAACACCGACAAGUGACUGGGAAGAUAGCGACCACGAGAAAAUGAACAGAGGCGAUAAGUGUUGUGGUCUUUGGGAAGAUGAUGAAGAGGAAGUGUCUGAGUUUGUUUGCCAGUUAUAUGAUCAAUUGUUCAGAGAGAAUUCAAGAGUUGAUGUUGCUCUUCAAAAAGCUCUUGCCUCGCAUCGAAAGCUCAGGUACACUUGUCAUCUUCCUAAUGUAUAGAAAAAAGUACAAAUUUUAUUAACUUUAUACCUUUUUUGACCCGGGCGGAAAAGAAAACUUGAGAGAGAAAAAAACAACAGUAUCAAAGUUUUGUUCGUUUCUGCAAAUAAGAGUAUCAAAUAAGUUUAUCGCUUUUGAAGCAUUUAAGAGGUAUGAGAAAGAUAAUUGUUACUACUUUUUUAAGGAAA